AUGUCUACCCCUCCUCCUCCCCCACCACCUCCGCCGGAGGACCCUCGGUCCAAGAUCUCCCCAUUUGUUCUCAAGCUGAGGAGUGCUCCUCCCGGCUACUUUUAUGAGGCACCCGAACCGUCUCCGGUGGUAGAUUUGUUGGACGCCCCGACCGGCCCAUACUUCUUAUAUGGUACCUUGACCGACCCCUCGAUGAUCUCGGAAAUCCUCGGCCUGGACGAGGAACCCACUCUGCGACCCGCUUCCAUCAUGGGCUAUCAAUGUAAGCUGUGGGGUCAGUACCCGGCCCUACUGGAUGCCCCUGGCUCGGUUGUUGAAGGUGCUGUGUACCACGUUCACAGUGUCGAGGAUGGGGAAAAGCUGGCGGCGUAUGAGACGAAAACCUAUCGCGCUGACCCGUGUAUCAUCAGGUACACGGACGGCCAGGAGCCGAGGAGGGAAUACGGCUCGACGUUUAAGUUUGUGGGGAAUCAGAGGGAUUUGACGGAGGGGGAGUUUGAUUUGAGGGUGUGGUUGACGAGAAUGGGGAGGCACGCUGCGGUGGAAAAGUUGGAUGCUGCGAGACGGAUUGCUGUGCUGGAGUAG